AUGGAAGGUAUUAGGGCUCGGUUUGAGAAGUAUCAGGCUGAAGACUCUGAUAGAUUUGAAUUCUCGGAUUUUCUUGGAGAUAUUGGAGAGGAAACGGAAAAAGAAAUGUGCAAUAAGGAUGUUGAUUCAGUUGCUUCUUUCCAUCAAUGGUUGCAAGAGUUACUUUGGCACAAAGCUAAAUACAUGGUUCCUGAUCACAUUAUUAGGCCUGCGGUUCUUACUGCUGUUGGUAAAACUGGUAGACCAGCGUUGAGAGAGUUAGCAGUGUCUUCUAUUGGAGCUAAUAUAGUUAACAAGUAUCUGCACAUCAAGUAUAAAGAAUUGUUUAGUAUGGUUAGAGCUAACCUUCCACCGAAAGUUAAUGAUCCAUUAGAAAGAGUUAAGGAAAGAUUCGAAAACUGCGAAGACUUAAACAUAACCAUGAUGUCUAAAGCAAUCUUGAAUAGAAUUGGUUUGGCGGAACGUCUGAACGAAAUCCUAUUACUCGAGACAUUUGAGAAACAAAAGAAUUUGAUAAGCAAAGAAAACGGAUGUAGAAAAUUAUGGGAUGAUUUCAAGAAACAAUUUGAUAUAGUUGCUCCAUUAUAUCCAUUCACUGAUUCGGUAGGAAAAACCAGAAGGAAAACCGGAUCAAAAGCAAUGGCUCAUAAUAGUGGUAGAGCUGAUGGUCAAACAACGAAGAAGGCUAAGCCCAAGUUUUGCAAUGUUUGCGGUAAAGAACAUUAUUGGCAACAUUGUACUAAAUUGAAAGAAUUGAAGAAGGAAAAGUUGAUUAGAUUCUUUGAUAAUGUGCACCAUGAUAAGGAUGGAAAUGAACUUCCUGUCAGAGACAAUGAAGCUGUAUUAAUUAAGUAUGCUGAUAAGUUUCCAACUGCGGGGCCUCGUACCGCUUAA